UGGCGUGGAGCCAGUGUUCGCUUCAGUUCGCAAAUGGCCGGUGCGGGCAGUGGCGGGCGCGGAGAGAAAAGCCGGGCAAAGUUUACGAUUUUGGACGUCCGGGCCCGAUUUGAAGCAGGCGAGCCGUUUACCAUGCUCACAGCAUACGACUACUCGUCGGCCAAGGUGUGCGAAGACGCCGGGGUGGACAUGAUCCUUGUGGGCGACUCGCUGGCGCAGACCAUGCUUGGCCACGGAUCGACCAACGGGGUGACGAUGGACAUGAUGGUGCACCACGCCAAGGCCGUGGCCGCCGGAGCCAAGUCGCCGUUUCUGGUCGGUGACAUGCCUUUCGGCUCGUACGAGGUGGCGCCGCAGGAGGCCAUCGCCAACGCUAUCCGGUACCUGGCCGAGGGCGGGAUGGACGGGGUCAAGAUGGAGGGCGGGGUCAAGAUGGCGGCGACGGCCAAGGCGAUUGUGGACGCCGGCGUACCUGUGGUCGGCCAUAUUGGGCUCACGCCGCAGACCUCGUCAUCGCUCGGCGGAUACCGGGUACAGGGGCGGACGGCCGAGUCGGCCAAGGCGCUGCUUGCCGACGCGCUGGCGAUGCAGGACGCCGGGUGCUUUGCCAUUGUGCUCGAGGCUCUGCCGCAGCGGGUGGCGUCGUACAUUGUGAGCAAGCUCUCUGUGCCGACCAUCGGCAUCGGCGCCGGUCCGCACACCGCCGGGCAAGUUCUUGUCUACCACGACAUGCUUGGCCUGUUUGACGCGCCUGUCCCCAAGUUCUGCAAGCAGUACGCCCAGCUGCGGCACGAUGCAGUGGCAGCUGUGCGCCAGUUUAAGAACGAAGUGGCGGCGAGAGCGUAUCCGGGGCCCGAGCACUGCUACAAGGUGCAGACGGCGGAGCUCCGUGCACUGGUCGGCGACGACAUGGCUGUGCGCGACGAGCGGCCGCCGCCGGCAGCGUCGACGCUGCGGGUGGCGCUGGGCAGCGAUGGUGGCGGUGGGCCACACCAUGCGGUGUGGGUUGUCGACGAGUGGGCGGCGCAGAUCCAGCGGAUCCAGGCCGACGGGCUCUCAGUCAUCGAUGCCGAGAGUGGGCAGAAGGAGACGGUGACGAGCGUGGCGGCGACCGUGCCCAAGGGCGUGCCCGGUCCGUGGAUGGGCCCGCGGCAGUACGCCGACGUGGUGGUGGUGGCGGUGAAGCAGCGCGGGACGGCAGCGGCGGCGGCGCUUGCGGCCAAGCUCCUUGCGCCCGAUGGCGGACUCGUUCUCACGCUGCAAAACGGGCUAGGCCAUGUGGAGCAGCUUGCGGAUGCGCUGCCGUCGGCGACGAUUGUGCAGGGUGUGAUGGAGGGCGGAGCGACGCUGCGGCACGGGACGUCGACGGUGGUGCAAAACGGGCGCGGGCCGCUUGCGCUGGGCAUUGCCCAGCUUGGUGAGGGCGGCAACACGACGCGCGCUGCGCGUGAAGUGGCCACGCUGGAGCGGAUGCUUGCAGCUGCCGGCCUCGACGUCUCGACGGUGGAGGACAUCGAGGCGCGAGUGUGGGCCAAGCUCAUGGUCAACGCGGCGAUCAACCCGGUGACGGCAGUGCUGGGGCGGAAGAACGGGGUCAUUGCCAAGUCGGCGCGUGCGCGCGAGCUGGUCCAGGUUGUGGUGGCCGAGGCCUCGGCGGUGGCAGAGGCGCGCGGCAUCAAGGGCGUCGAUCCGGCUGUUGUUGUUGACCAUGUUGUCCGGGUCGCCAACAACACAUUUGAGAACACGUCGUCGAUGCUGGCCGAUGUCCGGCGCGGGGUCGAGACCGAGGUCGAUGCCAUCAACGGUGCGAUUGUUCGCGAGGGUGCGGCGGCCGGUGUGCCGACGCCGGUCAAUGCCCUCCUUUGCACCCUCGUCGGCGCUCUCGGCGAGCCGCCGCUAACAAAGUCACGGACGGCGAGCCGUCGCUGA